UUUAAGCCAGAAUGCCUCGCAAGAACGGAAGCCGAUUGUUUUGUAAUUUUCCGCACAUAAAGGCGACAUUUCGACAGCAAAUAAAACAAUGCUACUAGGGCUGAAUUAGUUAGUGAUGUGAUAGCGGCAGCUUAGAUCAGAAGUAGACGCGAGCGCGGGCGCAACACACUGCACCUCCGCUGGUACGAACGUUAUUUAUGAAUAGUCAGCCAUGGCCGGAGUACUGUUUAUUGUGAACGUGCCCAAUAAGGAAUAUGAAAAUUAUUUAAAAAAGAAUAUCAUUCCAAGUUUAGUAUUCGAAAAAGAAAAGUACGAGCGAGCGUCAAAAGUUAUCCAUGAAUUAAAAGAAAAGCAUUUAGGAACUAAAUCUAUAGAGUCGUUUGCACAGGAUGAUGAUAGUGCUGUCGUAAUUUCAAAGUGUCGUUCGACUGAUUGUUUGCAUCAGAAUAGAGCGGAUUCUUUCGGAUGUCCCAGUGAGAGUGGUUUACCAGAUGGAGAUCCGGCGGAUCGGAGAGGUUAUGUGAAGGCGUCUUGGGACGAGUUAAAACAAGCGAUAAAGCCGCGGAAGAACAAACUUACAAUAACUAGACCUACACGGGGAGUUGAUGUGCUCUCUGCAUUUCACUGGGACACACCACUGGAAACUAUCCUAGCGGAAAUAGUGGAACGACUGGAUAUCAAAAAUGCAGCGUGGAGUUCAACAAAGGAUGAUAAAUUUUGGCAGGUGACAUUUUCACUAGAAUCAGGGAAUCUGAGUGAAGAGUUAUUACAAGUUCUGAGGACCUUUGGGAUCGGAUCUCGGUAUCAAUCAUCAGUCAGUUUAGUACCAUGUGCUCUAUACUACAAGUCUAACGAUGAAGUCAGUUCACCAGCCUCUGAAGUUGGUGUGAUUCGACAUGAAGACGUUUCAAAUACAGCGUGGUCUCGGUUUUCGUCAUCGGUGCGCGCGCGCACGAAUCUCGCGCAAGUGUUGCACGAUGUACGCGCAGACGCAGCCCUCACCUUUGAUUGGGUGUUUCUUCUGUUGGUUGCCGCGUUCGUUGCUGCUAUUGGUCUGGUUGAAAACUCCACUGUUAUAAUUGUGGCCAGUAUGCUUAUAUCGCCGCUUAUGGGUCCAAUAACAGCGGGUACUCUAGGCACAGCCGUCAAAGACCGUUCUCUGCAGCUGAUGGGAGUCAAGAAUGAGUUCCUUGGCCUGUUUCUCUCACUCGUCAUGGGUUUCCUCUUCGGGCUGACCAUCUGCGCUAUCGAUGAACGAUACGGAGUUGUGGAAGACUGGCCUACUUAUGAAAUGAUCUCAAGAUGUGAGUAUCGUUCUCUAUGGGUGGGUGUCCUGGUGGCGAUCCCGAGUGGCGCUGCAGUGGCGCUGGCCGUCCUUGGAGAGUACACCUCCUCUCUUGUCGGAGUCGCCAUCUCUGCUUCUUUGCUACCUCCCGCUGUUAAUGCUGGUCUCCUUUGGGCGAUGGCACUGACUCGCCUGUUGGUGACGACAGAAGAACUCCGCUGGCUGGUGGUACAACCCUCGGAGUUAGCAAUACUGGGCACCGCGUCACUAUGUCUGACCCUCGUCAACAUCGUCUGCAUUUUCCUCGCUGGAGUCGCUGUUUAUAAGGUGAAAGAAGUAAGUCCGUUGGAGAGGAAGGACAUAUCGUGGUGGAAGGCCAACAGAAGUAGGAUGCAGGCUAAACAAAACAAAGACAAUUUAAACUGGGAUGUUUACAACAAAUGGUAUAACGAAAAAGCAGCUACAAAAGUAGAUAACAAUGAGGAUCAUGCAUCGAGCGUGACGCCGGGUCUCAUAGACAACAGCACGGUCACGUUCCGCAGGAGACCUUCGUUCAUCAAGCGGCUCAGGUCACAAGCCAUGGACGGGUUCAGUCAGAGUACACAAUUAUCAGACGUCUACAUACCAAUGGAAGUGGAAACCAAAGCCAGCUUAGAAACACAAACAGCAAGCAGCAGUAUAAGGGACAAAACACAAAACCUGGAUGAAAUGCAACACAGCUAUUAUAAUAUAGGAUACCAAAAUGGAGAAAUUUGUGAAGAUGGUGCCCCUAAGGUCCCUGACUACCCUACUUUGAAACCGUCGUUAAGUUACACGGUGGAAGCGAAAAAUCAAGUCCUCUUAGACAAAAAAAGUUACGAUGUAUAGUAUUACUA